AUGUCGCAGGUCCCCGUCCAGUCGAUCCCGCGGGAUCCCCAGCUUCUGUACUGGAUCCUCUUCCCGAUUACCAUUGUCAUGAUCCUCACCGGUGUCCUGCGCCACUACGCCAAUGUGCUCAUGGCCACGGCGCCCAAAAAGGUCGAGCAGCGCGCUCUCCGCGAACAGCGCUCCAUGGUGCACGGCGUCAACGUCCGCACCAACCACCACGUGCUGUCGGGCCGCUCCUUCAACACACGCCGCGACCACCUCGUGGCAGCCUACGAGUCCGGCGCCUACCUCAAGGCGCCCGAGAACCGCGGCCAGGCGCCGCCGAACCCGAUGACGGACCCCAACGCCAUGGACGGCAUGAUGGGCAUGAUGAAGGGCAACAUGGCCAUGAUCAUUCCCAACACGCUGAUUAUGAGCUGGAUCAAUGCCUUUUUCAGCGGAUACGUUAUCAUGAAACUCCCCUUUCCCUUGACUAUCAAGUUCAAGAGCAUGCUUCAGGCUGGUGUCGCCACGCGGGACAUGGACGCGCGCUGGAUGUCGAGCAUCAGCUGGUACUUCUUGUGCAUUUUCGGCCUGCAGUCCGUGUUCAACUUCCUCCUCGGAAACGAGAACGCCGCCAGCCAAAUGGCGCAGCAGAUGGGCCAGAUGGGGCCCCAGAUGCCCCAGAUGGGUGCUCCUGGCCAGGACCCGGACAAGCAGUUCCUGGCCGAGGUCGAGAACCUCGCCGUCGUGGAGCACUACUCGGUGCUGGACAACGUGGAGCAGCGGCUGCUCAGCCGAGCCACCAAGGCAUAG